CCUGGCGGCGGGGCGAGACCGGACCGCGAUUAUGGUCGGGGCAGAGAAGGGCUGGACAGGCAGUCGGAUUUAGCACCGAAGACGCGGCUUGACUUGAUGGCUCCGAAACCGGACCCGAGACCCAAGUUUCAAGAAGGUGCUGAUGGACUUGCUGUCUUUUAAUAAAACAGAAUAUGCUGGAAUCAGUCAGCAUCUUUGGAGAGAGGAAGGUGAACGUGUCUUGUGUUUCCAUGGGCCAUUGCUUUACGAGGCUAAGUGCGUAAAAGUUGCUAUAAAGGACAAGCAAGUGAAAUACUUCAUACAUUAUAGUGGCUGGAAUAAGAAUUGGGAUGAAUGGGUUCCAGAAAGCAGAGUGCUGAAGUAUGUGGACACAAACCUGCAAAAGCAGAAAGAACUACAAAAGGCUAAUCAAGAGCAAUGGGCAGAGGGCAAGAUGAGGGGCGCUGCACCAGCCAAGAAGGCUUCCACCAUGCAACAAAAGAAUGUUGAAAUAAAAACAAAGAAGAAUAAACAGAAAGCCCCCACAGCUGGUGAUGGAAGUGGCACCAGUGAAACUCCACAACCACCCAGGAAGAAAAGGGCAAGAGUGGACCCCACAAUGGAAAGUGAGGAGACAUUCAUGAACAGGGUUGAAGUAAAGGUCAAAAUUCCAGAGGAACUGAAACCAUGGCUUGUAGAUGAUUGGGACUUGAUCACUCGUCAAAAACAGCUGUUUCACUUGCCUGCUAAAAAGAAUGUUGACACUGUUCUGGAAGAGUAUGCCAACUACAAAAAGUCACGAGGGAACACCGAUAAUAACAAGGAAUAUGCUGUAAAUGAAGUAGUUGCAGGAAUAAAAGAAUACUUCAACGUGAUGUUGGGGACCCAACUGCUGUACAAGUUUGAGCGGCCACAAUAUGCAGAGAUCCUGGCUGAUCAUCCUGAUGCAUCUAUGGCACAGAUCUAUGGAGCUCCACAUCUCCUUCGUUUGUUUGUGCGAAUAGGGGCAAUGCUUGCCUACACACCUUUGGAUGAGAAGAGCUUGGCCUUGCUGCUAAAUUACUUGCAUGAUUUCUUGAAGUACUUGGUGAAAAACGCCUCAAGUCUCUUCAGUUCAAGUGAUUAUGAAGUGGCACCACCAGAAUAUCACCGGAAAGCUGUGUGAUUUCACAACCUGUGAUUUCAUCCCUUGGUAAUUGAUAUCUUUCUGCAUUUAACUUUUUUUUUGUACAGGUUUGUUUUAAACCGAUUAGCAAUGCCACAGUUGUUUCCACUGGCACCUGCAGCAAUGAAGUCCCAGAUAUAAUCUGUAAACCAUUUUAGUGGGUUAUUACUAUUGAUGGUUAUUCAUCUAGUGGAAAUCCUUUUUUUGGGUAGUGGGCAAAGUCAGUGUAGAGUAAACCAAAUAAAGUUCCUGAAUGAUUUGGUUUUAUCCUCGGAUAGAAGCAUUAAAGACAUUUUUAAUCAUGGUUCUUUUGUAAACACCCAGUUUUAUUUGUAUGUGCCCUGGUUUUGGAUGAGUUCCAUAAUGGGCAAAAACAAGGUUAUCAUUUCCCAGCACUUGAUUAUAUAAGAAAAAUUUUAACUGUCUCAUGUGCUGCAUGUGAAUUUUUUAUCCUGUUGUGGACAAUGCAUUUAAGAGUUGGGAUUUUUGUUUGCGAAAACACACAACUGAGUGCUUGACACCAAUGGAGAAUGAGUGCGAUUUCCAUUCCUAAGCGAAAGGGAGUUUUGAAAAGCAAUUUGGCAGGAAAGAAGAAACACUUUUCUUCCUCCUACCCUGAAGACACUAAUCUCAGCAGCUUGCUCUCCAUGUCAUACUGACCUGGCUUGUGUAUCAUCACAUAGACAGCUGGGAUGCAACAUCCAUGGUCGACCUCGACCACCAGAGGGCCUCACGGGUGCAGCAGCACUGCACACUUUUGAGUUGUGCUCCCUCAUUAUUCUACAAUGGUCAUUUUUCAUGUAUGUGAACUAUAUCAUGGGCACACAAAACCAGCUCCAAAGUCUUUCAACAGCAUUUGUGUCAAAGCCCAGGUUGGCAGUCAGCUAUGGCUACUUGGGUUCCAGUUAGCCCAGAAUGGGAAGUUUUUCCUGCUGUGUCUUAACCUACAUAACAGUUAGUCUGUGCAACCCACAAGCUCAUUAGGGAAGGGUGAUGUGUUGUUUCCUCAAACUUUGUACAGAACUAAAUUGCAUUGAAACUUUUGCCGGUUAACCAGAGCUUACUUUGCUGAAAGUCUUACUAUAGUGUUGCAGCAGAUAACCGAUCAACCUCCUCGCCAGACUGCAUAGAGGGCAACAAGGAUCAGAAAAUCGGCACCGCAGUAGGGGAGUUGGACAGAGCAGUCUAAUUAUUGUACCUCCAUUCCUGCACAAACUGUACAUAGAAAGCCCUUGUGGCCGUCAGUGACAAUGAGAUCACCAGGAAGGACAAAGUGGGAGAUUCUACCAUAAAAAUAACAUGCCAUCCCUGGUACAUCUGGCUUUGUACAGAAAGCUGGGCUGUCACUCUACAUCACUUCAAUAAAAGGAUCUUUUCUGGAGCCAAUCUUCCAAAGAUGCAGAGUUAUGUAAUAUAAUCUUGUGGUUUUUUUUAGAUUCUUACUUGCAUUUGUAUUUGACAAUGUUGUACAAUAUUCAAACUUCUGUUCAUUUUUUUUUAUACAAUCUGGUGCAAGCAAUCUAUGGACUUUUCAAAGUCUGUUUUUGUGCAUUGAAGACUGGGCAGUUUGGAGAACUUGUACCCCAUACAUGGAAGUUUCAGUCUAAUGAUCACCUUCAGUGAGAAUCAGAACUCAGUGAAAGAGAAUGGCUUGUUGUUUGUGUAUAUAAAAAGAUUGCAUCCUUGUGUUUGUAUAUUCCAUUAAAAUGUUGAACGAUG